AUGAUGUAUCAAAAAGCUUUCGCCAAUUCACGUAGUCAUGGCAACGAAUUGGCUGAUGGAUCGAGGGGUUCAAGAUCUGCUGGAGGUUGUGACCGACGAACAACAAUUUUAAUUGUUUCAACAUUAUUCACCACCAUAAUUGGAAUUGUUUGCGUCAUCGUCGCGUUAAAUCGAGAUGUUUGGGUGAGAAAAGAAAAAUUGAAAAGCAAAAAAUGA